GCGGGAUUCUGAUAGUGAAUUUGAGGAUGACGCCGGCUCAUAGUAAUUGAUUUGGAGAUACUUCCGGUUUUUGUAAUUAACUUGCUUAGCAGGCAGAUGACACUUGGACAGUUGCUGAUUUGAACUGGUCAACGAGCUUUAUAUGCGAAUAAAUGGAAACGUUGGAGCGUGUUGGAUAUUCAUUAAUCGGAAAUUCGAUCCGCUUCAUGGCAAAAUAUCUCGUAGAUAUUGCCGUCUUAUAUCGCUAUGGAAGGUCCUUUCAAAACUGCUGCAUGGAGCUGGUUGAAAUUUUCUUGACUUCCAUUUCUAAUGUAAGCGUUGCUGGUUCGAAUAAGCCGGAUACGCAUAAUAAGAUGUUCAUGAAUAUUGAAUUUCGGACAAGAAAUCAAGAUGGAGAGGUGAAACUACGGAAUAUUCGGAUUCCUGUUUCCGAAUUUGCCAGUUUUUUACAGCAGUUGCGUGAAAUGCAAAGAGAAAGUGUGCAGUGAGCAGCUCUGCUUAUCGUCUUAUUUUGAUCUAAAUCUUGAUUUUCAUAUAAAAUUAAUUUAUUUUGGAUGCGUGCGUUGAAUGUCGUAACGUGAUAUCCUUGUUUUUUUUUUCUCUUUUCUUUGCAUUGUAACUCUGA